AUGGCACCCACACGCACUUCCAACCGCGCUCGCCGCGACCAUGCACACGCCCAGCACCCGCCCCAAACACACGGCGCAACAUCCCCGCCCGACGACGAGCACGGGGCACAGAAUGAGCUCUUCCUCGACCCGCUUAUGGGCACCCCCCUCGCGAUCUACGUGGAGAAGGACGUCGACAACCGGGACCAGCUCGUGGACCUCAUUCAGAAACAUGGCGGAAUCGUAUCCCCUGGGUAUAGUGGAGUAGCAUAUAUCCUAGUGGACCCGCACAAGGAGUCAGGACAGAGCCUCUACCGACAAUAUGCGGGUAAGAAGGGGAAAAUCGUCCUCAGCGCCCAGUGGGUUGUGCACUGCGUCGAGCAGGGUGCCCUGCAAACCUACCAGACCAACUUCGGGGGAUGCAAAGUGACUGGCACCGAGGAGGUACGUCCCGUUGUUCACCACCCGCCGCCGCCGCUGCAGGAGCCGGGUCCGUCGAUGCAACACGUGCCCCCGCCUCCCCACGAAGAGAUGGUGCACCAAGUUCAUCCGGAUCAAGUCCUACAGCAGCAGGCUCAAGCUCAGCAGCAGCAGCCCCCACCGCCUCCGCAUCAUGCACACCCGCAACCUACGCAUAUACACCCCUCGGCGGUCCCGACGCCCUCAUCAAUCUCAAUGGCCCACCCCGCGCCCAUUGUCGCGCACGCGGGCUCGUUCCCGUUCGCGGUGUACACAAACCCGAUGGAUGUCGCACCGCGGGCCUUGCAACCCCCAACCUCCGGCCCACCACAGACAUGGCAGGCCCCGAACGGCAUUGCGCCGUCGCAGACGCACUUGGCCCCGCCUCCGCCUCCACCCCCGCCACAACCGGCGGCCCCUCCGCCUCAGCCCCAACCUGAACAUCACAUUAUUGAGCGACACCCUGGGUAUCCGGAGGAGCAACCAGCAUGGAAUGGCUCGUACCAUCCAAUCCAACAGCAACCUCCAAGCAUGGUUCCCCCGCCCCCACCACCUCCGCAAGAGUACAGCGCGUACAGGUACCGCGAAGACCAGGGGGCGGCAGGGUGGAUACCACCGGAGCCUAACUACUACGGCCAGCAUUACGACCAAGCGUAUGCUGAGGCACCAGAUCAGUACAUGGAUGAUGCUGGUCCCUCGACCUCCGAAGCUAACGCCGAGCUGAACGCGGAGGGGUCGGAAGAGAGGAUUACCAGGGGCCGGAAGCGUACCAAGACUCACCCCCAGCCGGCGCCUCCUGCUUCCACCUUGGUUGCCAAUCGACGCAAUACGCAUGUGCGCUCGCCAACGCCUCCCACUCGCGUUAUCAAGAGCACGUACGGCGGCAACUUGUUCACCGCCGAUGAUAUCGAGUAUCUCAAGCGCUACAUUGACUAUUGUCAAGAGCAAGGCUUGGUCCUCAGUUUGCGUGAGAUCUGCGAGCGGAUAGCGAUCAAGGCACCUCAUCACACAUUCUAUUCGUGGCGUCGAUAUUGCAACAAGCACAAGAUUCGACUGGGAGGAUAUGCCAUGGAUUUCGGCGACGACGGCGACGACCACGCCGGUGCGGUACCAGAUCACGAACCCGGCCCGAGCGAGGUCCCGCACGACCAUGAAAGUGCUGGUAGCAUCCCCGCAGGCCACGGACCCCAGUCCAUCGCAGCCGCGUACCGAGCCGUCUCGAACGACGUCAGCACCGGUCGCGCGCGGUCCCCCACGCCGCCUCGGGCGCUGUACCGGAGCACGACGGGCAAGGGUGUCGCGUUCACGGACGAGGACGUUGUGUUCCUCGUCCGCUUCUACGAGUACCGCAGCCGGACACAGAGCGGCAAGCUGGACAUGGUCACGUUUUGGAAGGACGUCGCGAUGAAGGCUCCGCACCACUCGAGGGCGUCUUGGAUGAAGUUCUACAGGCGGCACAAGCACGAGCUGCACCACACGACAGGGGACGAGCCCCUGCCAACGCCUCCGGAUAAGAAGAUGCGGUACAGCCGGCAGGACGAUGUGCUCCUCGCGAAGUUCUUCUCCUCCAAACCGGACGGGACCUCGGACAAGAUCUUCCAGGAGUUCGGUCGACGGCAUCCGCACCAUCCGUGGAAGGGGUGGCAGGAGCACCAUCGGAUCCACAAGGUCAAGAUCGACCACCUUAUGGGCCGCCUCGCGCGUGGCGAGAACAUCGAUGACGACCAGGACUAG